GUUGAAGACUGGAUUCAGGAGAAGACGACCGUAUUCAAGGAGUGCCAAGCUGUCGCUCAGAGGAGCGUCACCUUGGCCUACACACGCCUGUCGGCCCAGAAGGAGGAGAUUGAGGCUAGCAGGGAGCGAGCCGAACGCAUCAUUCAGGUAG